GUUAGAAUAUCUAAAUAAAAUAUUCGGACCAGAAUGCCACUUGUCUACGAAAAGAUUGGAAUUUUCCCUUCAAUUUACACAAGUUCUUUGAGAUUCUCCACCAAACUGAGCUCGAUUCCUGAGGCGAUGGCGUCUUCACUAUUUUUUUCAACUCCAAUUCCAACUAAACUAAUCUCAAAGCAAAAACCCUUUUCUCAUCACUCUUCAAAUCCUCUUUUGCCCCAAUCAACACACAAACCCUUGAGGAGUUUGGUGGUUUCUUCUGCAGCUGCAAUUGAAGCUGAAACAGAAACAUCUAGCUCGAAUUCCACUCCGUUGAAGUCUCUUCCUUUUAGAGUCGGCCAUGGAUUUGACCUUCAUCGAUUGGAACCUGGUUAUCCUUUGAUUAUUGGUGGGAUUAAUAUUCCUCAUGAUAAAGGCUGUGAAGCUCACUCUGAUGGUGACGUUUUGCUUCACUGUGUUGUUGAUGCAAUUUUGGGAGCUCUGGGGCUUCCUGAUAUUGGGCAGAUUUUCCCGGACACUGACCCUAAAUGGAAGGGUGCGCCUUCUUCGGUGUUCAUGGAAGAAGCUGUGCGACUAAUGCAUGAAGCAGGUUAUGAAUUGGGAAACCUAGACGCCACUUUGAUUUUACAAAGACCAAAAGUGAGCCCACACAAGGAGUCUAUUAGAGCCAACUUGUGUAAGCUGCUUGGUGCUGAUCCUUCUGUUGUAAACCUGAAAGCAAAGACUCAUGAGAAAGUUGACAGUCUCGGUGAGAACAGAAGUAUCGCGGCUCAUACUGUUGUUCUUCUUAUGAAGAAAUAGUGAAUAGAGUUUGUCGAUUUGUUGUAUAAAAUGUGGUUACUGUAGCAUUUUCUAGCCAUUUAGAGAGCACAUCAUGUUGAUCUUCUUGGUCAUGGAUAUUUUCAGAACUUUAUAGUCAAAUAAUAAUAAUCCCAAAAUUUGGAAUUUCAUCACCUUA